AUGUCUGUUGGAAAUAUAAAACUACCCCUCACUCUCAGCCCCUCACUCUCAGCCCCUCACUCUCAGCCCCUCACUCUCAGCCCCUCACUCUCAGCCCCUCACUCUCAGCCCCUCACUCUCAGCCCCUCACUCUCAGCCCCUCACUCUCAGCCCCUCACUCUCAGCCCCUCCCUCUCAGCCCCUCCCUCUCAGCCCCUCACUCUCUCACCCUCACUCUCUCACCCUCACUCUCUCACCCUCACUCUCUCACCCUCACUCUCUCACCCUCACUCUCUCACCCUCACUCUCUCACCCUCACUCUCUCACCCUCACUCUCUCACCCUCACUCUCUCACCCUCACUCUCUCACCCUCACUCUCUCACCCUCACUCUCUCACCCUCACUCUCUCACCCUCACUCUCUUCUCACUCUCACCCUCCCUCUCUCCUCACUCUCACCCUCCCUCUCUCCUCACUCUCACCCUCCCUCUCUCCUCACUCUCACCCUCCCUCUCUCCUCACUCUCACCCUCCCUCUCUCCUCACUCUCACCCUCCCUCUCUCCUCACUCUCACCCUCCCUCUCUCCUCACUCUCACCCUCCCUCUCUCCUCACUCUCACCCUCCCUCUCUCCUCACUCUCACCCUCCCUCUCUCCUCACUCUCACCCUCCCUCUCUCCUCACUCUCACCCUCCCUCUCUCCUCACUCUCACCCUCCCUCCCUCCUCACUCUCACCCUCCCUCCCUCCUCACUCUCACCCUCCCUCUCUCCUCACUCUCACCCUCCCUCUCUCCUCACUCUCACCCUCCCUCUCUCCUCACUCUCACCCUCACUCUCUCCUCCCUCUCUCCUCACUCUCACCCUCCCUCUCUCCUCACUCUCACCCUCCCUCUCUCCUCACUCUCACCCUCCCUCUCUCCUCACUCUCACCCUCCCUCUCUCCUCACUCUCACCCUCCCUCUCUCCUCACUCUCACCCUCCCUCUCUCCUCACUCUCACCCUCCCUCUCCCUCUCUCCCUCGCCCUACCUCUUCUCGCCCUACCUCUUCUCGCCCUACCUCUUCUCGCCCUACCUCUUCUCGCCCUACCUCUUCUCGCCCUACCUCUUCUCGCCCUACCUCUUCUCGCCCUACCUCUUCUCGCCCUACCUCUUCUCGCCCUACCUCUUCUCGCCCUACCUCUUCUCGCCCUACCUCUUCUCGCCCUACCUCUUCUCGCCCUACCUCUUCUCGCCCUACCUCUUCUCGCCCUACCUCUUCUCGCCCUACCUCUUCUCGCCCUACCUCUUCUCGCCCUACCUCUUCUCGCCCUACCUCUUCUCGCCCUACCUCUUCUCGCCCUACCUCUUCUCGCCCUACCUCUUCUCGCCCUACCUCUUCUCGCCCUACCUCUUCUCGCCCUACCUCUUCUCGCCCUACCUCUUCUCGCCCUACCUCUUCUCGCCCUACCUCUUCUCGCCGUACCUCUUCUCGCCGUACCUCUUCUCGCCGUACCUCUUCUCGCCGUACCUCUUCUCGCCGUACCUCUUCUCGCCGUACCUCUUCUCGCCCUACCUCUUCUCGCCCUACCUCUUCUCGCCCUACCUCUUCUCGCCCUACCUCUUCUCGCCCUACCUCUUCUCGCCCUACCUCUUCUCGCCCUACCUCUUCUCGCCCUACCUCUUCUCGCCCUACCUCUUCUCGCCCUACCUCUUCUCGCCCUACCUCUUCUCGCCCUACCUCUUCUCGCCCUACCUCUUCUCGCCCUACCUCUUCUCGCCCUACCUCUUCUCGCCCUACCUCUUCUCGCCCUACCUCUUCUCGCCCUACCUCUUCUCGCCCUACCUCUUCUCGCCCUACCUCUUCUCGCCCUACCUCUUCUCGCCCUACCUCUUCUCGCCCUACCUCUUCUCGCCCUACCUCUUCUCGCCCUACCUCUUCUCGCCCUACCUCUUCUCGCCCUACCUCUUCUCGCCCUACCUCUUCUCGCCCUACCUCUUCUCGCCCUACCUCUUCUCGCCCUACCUCUUCUCGCCCUACCUCUUCUCGCCCUACCUCUUCUCGCCCUACCUCUUCUCGCCCUACCUCUUCUCGCCCUACCUCUUCUCGCCCUACCUCUUCUCGCCCUACCUCUUCUCGCCCUACCUCUUCUCGCCCUACCUCUUCUCGCCCUACCUCUUCUCGCCCUACCUCUUCUCGCCCUACCUCUUCUCGCCGUACCUCUUCUCGCCGUACCUCUUCUCGCCGUACCUCUUCUCGCCCUACCUCUUCUCGCCCUACCUCUUCUCGCCCUACCUCUUCUCGCCCUACCUCUUCUCGCCCUACCUCUUCUCGCCCUACCUCUUCUCGCCCUACCUCUUCUCGCCCUACCUCUUCUCGCCCUACCUCUUCUCGCCCUACCUCUUCUCGCCCUACCUCUUCUCGCCCUACCUCUUCUCGCCCUACCUCUUCUCGCCCUACCUCUUCUCGCCCUACCUCUUCUCGCCCUACCUCUUCUCGCCCUACCUCUUCUCGCCCUACCUCUUCUCGCCCUACCUCUUCUCGCCCUACCUCUUCUCGCCCUACCUCUUCUCGCCCUACCUCUUCUCGCCCUACCUCUUCUCGCCCUACCUCUUCUCGCCCUACCUCUUCUCGCCCUACCUCUUCUCGCCCUACCUCUUCUCGCCCUACCUCUUCUCGCCCUACCUCUUCUCGCCCUACCUCUUCUCGCCCUACCUCUUCUCGCCCUACCUCUUCUCGCCCUACCUCUUCUCGCCCUACCUCUUCUCGCCCUACCUCUUCUCGCCCUACCUCUUCUCGCCCUACCUCUUCUCGCCCUACCUCUUCUCGCCCUACCUCUUCUCGCCCUACCUCUUCUCGCCCUACCUCUUCUCGCCCUACCUCUUCUCGCCCUACCUCUUCUCGCCCUACCUCUUCUCGCCCUACCUCUUCUCGCCCUACCUCUUCUCGCCCUACCUCUUCUCGCCCUACCUCUUCUCGCCCUACCUCCUCUCGCCCUACCUCCUCUCGCCCUACCUCCUCUCGCCCUACCUCCUCUCGCCCUACCUCCUCUCGCCCUACCUCCUCUCGCCCUACCUCCUCUCGCCCUACCUCCUCUCGCCCUACCUCCUCUCGCCCUACCUCCUCUCGCCCUACCUCCUCUCGCCCUCGGCCUCGCCCUCGCCCUCGGCCUCGCCCUCGCCCUCGGCCUCGCCCUCGCCCUCGGCCUCGCCCUCGCCCUCGGCCUCGCCCUCGCCCUCGGCCUCGCCCUCGCCCUCGGCCUCGCCCUCGCCCUCGGCCUCGCCCUCGCCCUCGGCCUCGCCCUCGCCCUCGGCCUCGCCCUCGCCCUCGGCCUCGGCCUCGCCCUCGCCCUCGGCCUCGCCCUCGGCCUCGCCCUCGCCCUCGGCCUCGCCCUCGCCCUCGGCCUCGCCCUCGGCCUCGCCCUCGCCCUCGGCCUCGCCCUCGCCCUCGGCCUCGCCCUCGCCCUCGGCCUCGCCCUCGGCCUCGGCCUCGCCCUCGCCCUCGGCCUCGGCCUCGCCCUCGGCCUCGCCCUCGGCCUCGGCCUCGGCCUCGGCCUCGGCCUCGCCCUCGCCCUCGCCCUCGCCCUCGGCCUCGCCCUCGGCCUCGCCCUCGGCCUCGCCCUCGGCCUCGCCCUCGGCCUCGCCCUCGGCCUCGCCCUCGGCCUCGCCCUCGGCCUCGCCCUCGGCCUCGCCCUCGGCCUCGCCCUCGGCCUCGCCCUCGGCCUCGCCCUCGGCCUCGCCCUCGGCCUCGCCCUCGGCCUCGCCCUCGGCCUCGCCCUCGGCCUCGCCCUCGGCCUCGCCCUCGGCCUCGGCCUCGCCCUCGCCCUCGGCCUCGGCCUCGCCCUCGGCCUCGGCCUCGCCCUCGGCCUCGCCCUCGGCCUCGCCCUCGGCCUCGCCCUCGGCCUCGCCCUCGGCCUCGCCCUCGGCCUCGCCCUCGGCCUCGCCCUCGGCCUCGCCCUCGCCCUCGCCCUCGCCCUCGCCCUCGCCCUCGCCCUCGCCCUCGGCCUCGCCCUCGCCCUCGGCCUCGCCCUCGCCCUCGCCCUCGCCCUCGCCCUCGCCCUCGCCCUCGCCCUCGCCCUCGCCCUCGCCCUCGCCCUCGCCCUCGCCCUCGCCCUCGCCCUCGCCCUCGCCCUCGCCCUCGCCCUCGCCCUCGCCCUCGCCCUCGCCCUCGCCCUCGCCCUCGCCCUCGCCCUCGCCCUCGCCCUCGCCCUCGCCCUCGCCCUCGCCCUCGCCCUCGCCCUCGCCCUCGCCCUCGCCCUCGCCCUCGCCCUCGCCCUCGCCCUCGCCCUCGCCCUCGCCCUCGCCCUCGCCCUCGCCCUCGCCCUCGCCCUCGGCCUCGCCCUCGCCCUCGCCCUCGCCCUCGCCCUCGCCCUCGCCCUCGCCCUCGCCCUCGCCCUCGCCCUCGCCCUCGCCCUCGCCCUCGCCCUCGGCCUCGCCCUCGGCCUCGCCCUCGGCCUCGCCCUCGGCCUCGCCCUCGGCCUCGCCCUCGGCCUCGCCCUCGGCCUCGCCCUCGGCCUCGCCCUCGGCCUCGCCCUCGGCCUCCCUCUCCAUCUCCCUCUCUCUCGCCCUCCCUCGUAACGGGAUGGAAAAAUCCGUUCUCACUAUGACGGCGGCCACUAUAAGAGCAAAAAACGUGGGUGCGCCGGCGAGCGGUCGCAACGGGCGCUCGGCUUGCGACUGCUGGCCGCGCGAGAUUAGAAGAGUCUGGCCUCUGCAAACCUCAGACCGGCCACCACUCGCGCCGACGUCGACGACGGAGCGCGAGGGGUGCGUCGGGCUGCCGCGGGCGUCGCUGGCAUUUCCGCCCGUGCAUCGCUUCACCUAA